UUUGAACUAAACUAAUAAAUGGACUUUACAAAAUCUUAUACAUUGUGCUUAUCUCCUCCCGAAGAAAACUUUCUAGAUAAGGAUAUUGAUGAAGAGGUAUACGAAGACUAUUUCAAAGGUUUCACAGACCUAGAAUUGAUCAUUCGCAAAUAACAGAACUUUAGCAAUACCCAAGUUUAAAGGAAAAUAUAAGAAAACCUAAAAAUAACUCAGUCCAAAUAACCAAGCUCAUGAAUACUCCCCUCAAUAUGACCACACAAGAAGAUGACCUACAAGAAUCCACCAACCAGAGAGCUGAUGCACAGUUUAGUACAGCAAGGAACAAGCAGACGGGACGCUUAGAAUUUACCAAAAAUACCACCAAACCUAUAUAAGAAACUCACUCAUGGAGACUGUCCGGUUCCAAAGAAUUAUGAAGAAACUUUUAACCAAGGACAGACUUGAUAUACCUAACAGAAAAAGCGAAACUAACACCUCAAAGACAUAUACAUAUCCUUCCGAAAUUAAAUCUGUAAAACCAAAGCAAUGUUCAACUCCUGUUGUCUCUGGGACUAUGCCAGAGUUCAAGUGGAAAGGAAGCGGCCGUCUGUUGGUCGACCAGUUUACCAAGAAAAGUACAUGUAAGAGCAUAAAAAAGACUCAGAAUCGGAGGAAAAAAUAUACCCAGCUCAAGACACCAAGAUUACCAAUAACACAUUUAAAAGCUUUAAGCAUAAAUCCGUGCAACCCCCCCAAAUCUUAUCAGCCAAGCAGUUUCAGUAAGAUCGAAAACACAAAGUAACAUCAUUUAAAAUUCGGAAUGGCUAUGCUAGUUGACAUUAAGCAAUUAAAGUAUUUUCCACUAAAAUGAUCC